CCGAGCGAAGUGAGUUCUCGCUCAUAUUUGCCGAAAUUACUGUUGGUUUCUUUCUUAAUGCCGAAAAAUGCAGCGGACGAUUACUAGUUGUUUUAGUCACGCCGGACCAAUACGCUUUCCUCCAACCCGGCUGCAUUUUAUUUAAGGAUCAUCGAUACUGUGCCCAGAUCCAGAAGCUUACGCGAUCGGCGGUUAGUUGAAACAUCAAGUGGUACAGCUAUUCAAGUGACAUGGUGACGACCAUCUGACACGUGAUCAGUUGAUGAGAACGUAUAGCCGGAAUAGGUAUAGCCGUAUAGCUGUAGCCUGGAAGUGUCCGAAAUAUGAGAAAAAACGGAGGAAAUGUGUUAUGAGGACGUCAUAGGCGCAGCGUUCGGAUUCUCCAUGCUCCCCGAUGGCCGCUGGGCGGUGUCACUCGGAACGCCAACUUGAUUAUUUCUUGUUCUGCCGAAGAGUCGGAUUGCGUAAACCCGUACAUCGUCCAAAGUGAGACAAAAUAUUAGUGGAUCAAGGAUCGGUUGUAAACUGUACAGAUUUGAUGUGAUUUGGAACACGACCGGGCCCAUGUGGACAGUGGAACUGCUGAGAAUAGUGUAGUAGCAAAUACUAGGCAACCAGCACACCAUCGUACUGCAGGCUCAUUUUCAAUGUUCACUCUGCAUGACUGUAACAAAUACAUUCAGUCUGCAGCAACAGCUAGUCGAGACAUUCUCUUUUCACUCAAAAUAAUGGAGGCCAACAUUUCCUACCUGCUGGAACGAUACGCGAAUCAAACCCUGCUCAAGGGGAUGACCAACGCCAGCAACGCGACUCCUUACCCAUUCGCCAUCUCCUGUCUUUUUGGCACAACCGCAGCAACGCUAUUAGCUAACUGUGGAGUUCUUUCGCUGUUCAUCAUCAACAAAUCUCUCCGCACGCCGUUCAACGUCUAUAUCAUGGCUUUGCUGUCUGCCAAUAUUGUCUUUGUCGCCGUCGAUGGUCCGCUGAAACUGUUGACGUAUCCGUACCCCGACUGGCGGCUGGGAGCCGCCGUAUGCACAUUGCGCAUCUACACCGUAUACAUCAUCGCCGCCAUGGCCAUCCAUUUCCACUUGCUGAUCACAUUGAACCGCGCCUGGGCAAUGUUUUGGCCGCUGUCCUACCGGAAGUACCACUCCACCGCCGUGGCGUGGUGGGUUUCUGGCGUCACGGUAUUUUAUCUGCAUGUGCUGCUUUUACCUGGCAUCUUACUGGAUGCGGUCUACUAUCGCAUCCCUGUUGAAAAAGGUUGUUGGUUGGACUCUUCGCCGCAGUUCGCCUGGGCAACGUUUACCUCGUGGUUGGUAUUUAUUGUCCCAAAAGUAUUCAUUCCCAUUUGCUAUCCUCUACUCUGGAGAAAAGAAAUGCGUCGAAGAAGACGGAUUGUGGCCGCUCAGCAGUUUGCGGAGUUGACGAUGACGUCGACACCUCCGGUGCCAGCGGACAUGGCGACCGCCACCACGCGUCCGCAACGGAGCCAUUUGCGACCAUUCAUUGUGUUGACUUUAUUUACCAUCAGCAUUAUCGUCUGCUGGAUGCCGAGUCUGAUGUACUACCAACUGCUGAAUUUCGUUUCGAUGGACAGGCUGAAGACGUUUGGGAAAGUCGCGGACAUUUUAUAUUCGCUGCAAGGUCUACUGGAUCCGGUUUUUGUCUGUCUGAGUCUGAGUAAGGUGUACCACCACGUGAUGCGUUUGGGGAGGAUGUGUGGUACUUGUCAGGUGGCACAGCAGAAGGAUGCUGCCGAGCACUAGGAUUUAAGUGUCUGUACGUGAAUAAAUUCGUGCAUUUUGGGGCGAUUUCUGCUCUAAUCUGAUCAUUUGAUGUGAAUAUAUGCAAAAUUCCUUACUGUUAAACGUAAAUUUAU